UCUAUAUUAAUUUUAAUAAGCAUAGCCCUUUAUCUAAGUAAUGUAUCAUCAAAGGAUUUAGUGACUGAUGAACUUAGACGCAACGCGGGCAAUUUCUUUUGUGGUAAAUUAGCGUGUAAAGAUGACGAGGCUAUGACUAGUUUACAAAAGUUUAAAGAAUGUGUGGAGACAGUAUACCCUGAUGAAGUAGCAGCUAUUGUUGCCAUAAGGGAGUCCCAAUUGGGUAACCCGGAUGAGUGUGUGCGACAAAUGCGGACUCAGGUCAACCUUUUCCGUCAUAAUGAUCCUACCGGUGCUCUCCAAGUGCUCGCUUUAGUU